UUCUACCGACUCUUUGCCUGUCUAUAAUUAAAAUGCAUUAUUAGGGAGCCCAUGUACAGAACUGGCAUAUUUGUAAUGCUUUUUUUUUCUUUCUUUUUUUGGCAUUUACCACCCCACACCACAUCUACCAAUUAGGGAUGAGAUUAGGUGCUAACUCUUAUAGGGGUUAGCACCGUGAUAACUAGCAAAACUCACUACGAAUUAUUAUAAAAUCAAUACAACAUCUAAGCUAAAUCACUACUAAUUCAAACUAGUAGUAAUUUUUCCCUUGGUUAGGACGGUGCUAACUAUUAUACAAUUAACACCGUAGCCAUUCCCCUACCAAUUAUGCACAUCUACUACGUACUCUCCUUGAUCGUGUUUUCCCUCGACGUUUCUUCUAAAUUGGUUGCAUGCAAGGAAACUAAUUAAUUCUCAUCACAUCCCCUCUUUCUUAACGUGUGACUGCCUUAGCUAGCAAACUUCCUCCUUUAUAAACAACAACAAAGAGAAACCCAACUUGUAACUGCAUGCACGCAACAAUUAUAGCUCCACUCCCACAGAAAGUCAGAAACUAACGAUGUCAUUUCUGCUCUUGCUAACCUUCCUCUCAUCACUACUUCUUCUUUACACCAUCAUGACGAUCAGGAAGAUGAAGAAGAAGUCACCAUCCUCGAUCCCGAAUUGGCCUCUCUUUGGAAUGCUUCCAUCCCUCCUAUGGAACCUCCCCCGCCUCCACGAAUUCGUCACCGAUAUCCUCAAAGUCAACGGCGGCACCUUCGUCUUCAAAGGUCCAUCCUUCACCAACCUCAACUUCAUCUUGACAAGCGAUCCCACCAACAUCCACCACAUCGUCAACAAAAACUUCUCCAACUACCCCAAGGGAUCCGAGCUCAAGGCGAUCAUGGCGCCAUUUGGAGACGUCCUAUUCAACAGCGACGGCGACUCCUGGAAGACGAAGAAGGAGAUCGUCCUCUCCCUCAUCAAAACCGCCGGAUUCGAGAGGCUUCUCAUGACAACCCUUCGUCACAAACUGGCCGACAGCCUCAUCCCGGUACUCGAUCACGCCGCGAGAAAUCAUGACGAUGUUGUGCUCGACUUGCAAGAUGUGAUGAAGCGGUUCAUGUUCGAUCUCACCUGUUUGCUCUUCCUGGGGAUCGACCCGGAGUGCUUGUCCACGAGUUUUCCUCGUGUUCCAUGUGCGGAGGCGUUUGACGUGUUAGAAGAGGCCAUCGUUUACCGCCAUUGCGUGCCAAAGUGGGUUUGGAAGUUGCAAAGAUGGCUUCACGUCGGGCGGGAAGGGAAGACGAUCGAAGCUGAGGAAUGCCUCAAUGGGUUUGUGGAGGAAAGGAUCAGAGUCAAGAUGGUGGAGAAACGGGCGAAGGAGAGUACCAGUGAUAAUGAGGAUAAUUAUGACUUUCUGAUGAAGCUUAUAGUUGAGACAUAGCGGUUAAUGGGGACUUGUUAUAGUAGUAAGUUUGCGAGGGACAUUGUGGUUAGCUCGAUGGUGGCCGGGAGAGACACCAUCGCUGUCGCUCUCAGUUGGUUCUUUUGGCUCGUGGCGACCAACUCAGGCGUGGAGGAGAAGAUCCUGGAAGAACUGGAUCGAGGCCUCAUUACUCAAACAGGUAAAAAAACGUUCAAAAGACAUGUUCUUUACAAGAGAGAAUAUAUAUAAUCAUUUUGGGACAGGCAGACAGACUUUUCGUGCAUGUAUAGUAUAUAAUAGCCAAAAAUUGUUGUUGUAGCAUGAGAUCGAGAACUGGAUGAACGAUUCGAUGUAUGCACCCUAAACUGUAUAUGGUCGAUGGCUAUCUAAUUCUUUUGUUAUGUACUGCAUGCAGGUGAAAAAGAAGUGAUAUUUUCGAGCAUAGAAGAGUUGAACAUAAUGGUGUAUCUGCACGGAGCCAUAAGCGAGACUUUGAGACUAUAUCCAUCGGUUCCAUAUGAGCCGAAGCAAUCCCUGAAAGACGACGUUCUUCCCAGCGGCCACAUCGUUGGCCGGAACGCUAGGGUCUUAGUGUCCAUUUACUCGAUGGGAAGGAUGGAAGAUGUAUGGGGUAAGGACUGGAUGGAGUUCAGACCCGAGAGGUGGGUUGCAGCAACAACCAAGGGAACGAUAUCUUCAACAAUGAUAACAAGAAGAACAAUAUUAUUCACGUGCCAUCCUACAAGUUUGCAGCAUUCAUGGCAGGGCCAAGGUCGUGCUCGGGAGGAAAAUAGCGUACACACAAAUGAAAACCAUAAUAAGUUGUGUUUUGCGCAUGUAUAAGAUCGACGUGGUGGGUGGUCAUCCCGUUGUCCCGCUGCCUUCUAUUAUGAUGUUUAUGAGACAUGGUUUGAAGGUCAGGGUUUCAAGCAGGAUACGAGGGGGUUUCAAUCUAGGACCGAUUGCAGCACAACCACCACUUUCUUACGCGCCUAACAGAUGAAACGAUCAUUUGACAUUGAUCCUUAUUCUCAUAUUCACUAAAAAUCAAUGGGCAAUUGUUACCUUGAGAGCUCUGUAGUAAGAAAACCCAGGGAGGUUGAUAGCCAUGGCUCUGACUCCAUGGUUGACCGUGGUGUACUGUCUCUCCAGGGUUUCCAUGACGUCCUCGCACUCGGAGCUGAGGAAGAUGAACAUUAUGAUCCUGAACGUGAGCUUCCGGAGCCACGUUCAGGAAAUUUGUAUAUGUUUGAAUAUAUGUCCUCAAUUUUGCGCAAAAAAAAAAAAAAUGUAGUGAGUAUCAAGACCAACUGAGUUUUGACGAUUCAACAUCUUCCAACAACUCGCUACUGGAAUUGGCCACUUUUUGAAAUAUUUUUCAUUAUACGUAUGAAAUUUAGUUAUGUAUGGUUGGAACCCCAAUGAUAUUUUUUUUUUGUGUGUGGUGAAGGUGACACUUGUUUGUUUUUAUUAUUAGUUGCUAUCUAAAGGAUUCGAACCUAAACCCCUUGUGAUAUUAACUUGUGUUUCCAUUGUAAACCUAUUAUUGUUACUAUCACUCGCCCACGCAAGUGUUCAGAUUCAGAGCUCUUUCAACAAUCAGUCACGUGAAGGAAUAUUAUUUGGAUUUGAAUGAAAGACGAGAGCAUAAAUGAUUUGUUUUAUUACUAUACGAUACACCAUGAAUGACAUCCUUAAUAAUUUGAAUGAUGAAUUUGUUUAAUAAAUUUUUUCGAUUUACAGUUAUUGCAAGAAAACAAUGAAAAAAUAUCUUCAAAUUUUAUUAGAUUGAACGCAAACUUACAUAAAAUUCCUCACUACGCCGCCAAGGCAAAUCGAAAGAUUUACACAUUACAUAGUUACCCGAUGAAAGUAAUGGGAAACAUGAACCUCCCACUCUAGCUACCAAGGUUGUCAACCCGCUGUCGACCCACUUUGACCCAGACCCGGUGAGAAAAAAGGGUUGCACGCACCCGCCGGGUCGACCGUUACAAGGUACCGGGUUGGAGGUCAAAUUGUGUCAUUUUUUUCUUUGGUUUGCGCAGUGCUCCUAUUUUCCGAUUUUUCUUUUCGCCUAAUUCAAUCUUUGGAACCCUAAGUUGAAGAUUUGAAUAUUGAUGUUAUAUAAGUGUGUGUGAAUUUUCACUAUAUGUUGGAUCUAAAUACGACAUGUUAUUUUGGUGUAAUAUUAUAUGUUAUAACUCAUAUGUUAGAUGAAAUUUGAUAUAAUUUAUCAGGAGGAUAAGUACAAUAUAAUAACUCUUUCAAUUGACAUUACUUACCAAGCCCAAUAAAUAUGAUCCAGAUAUUUGCUGGACGGGGACGAUCAACACCAUCCAUUUCGUAGGUUUCCUUCCCUGGAGGUGAGAUGGUAGAUUCGUCAUGCUCAUGCAAUGCUUUCAACGUUUUUCAUGAAUAAAUUUUGUUGGUCGCCGGAGAGCUUAAUUAGGACAUGUGCUUGUCGGUACAGGCAUGUCGGAGGACUGUCUGCUCGUUUUAAUUUUAAAUCAUACUAAAAUAGAGGGAAUUGUCUCUUGUCACACCAGUUGGCAGUGCAUUGAUGGAUAGUCAGCCACAUACUAAGACUGUUACGGACAUUAUUAGAAUUUUGGGGAGAAUUUAUCAAUCCUAAACAAGUAUAAGUAUGAUAUUCCAACACUGAAUUUAUAUACCAAUAUGAGAAAUUUAUGGACAAUAAAAUAAUUAAACAUAGGGGCAUACAUUGAAAAAUACUUAUUUAAGAGUAAAGGCAAUGAUGUUUACAAUUCUUUUGGAUUUGAAAAUGCUUUAUGAUUGUUAUACAAAAUGUAACUUGUAUUGAUUAUUGGGUUAUUUUUGUUUUGUAAAUGAAUUAUCUAAUUCGAAUAUUUAUCUUCAAAUUAUAUAAUUUAAAUAUUUAUAAUAAAUAUAUUUUUAUCAUAUAAUAGGAUACUUCUAUAACGACAAUAGUAGUUUGAGAGGGAGAAUAAAGGACAAUAGUAAUUAACAUGCUAGCAUUUGAGUUUUCGACCAACCAAGAAAGAAGCACUAACUCAAUCUUAUGAUAUUUGAGUUUUCGAAUGCUGGGAAGAUUUUGUGCCCGGAAAUGUACUAUGGUUUGUCAGUAAAAUCGAGAAAAAAAAUUAACGAUAUUGUAUGAUCGAUUUACACAAAAAAAAAAAAACAAGAGUUUCACAAAGAAGAUUCUCGAGAAAAGCAGAAAGUUUAGAUAAAUUGCUACGGUCUACGAGACUUUGGAGUGACAUCAAUAGCGGCACGAAAAGUCUUUGUGUCUUCAAUUCUAACUUGGUUGCUCUAGUUGGUUGCAAUCCAUCCUGAGGUUGAGAGAAAAGAUCCCGAGGAGAUUGAACGAGUACUGGUUAUGGCGAAAAGACUACCAAAUCCCAGAGGAGGAGGAUUGAGGAACAUUGGGGAUUUUCAUGAUGGAUAAAGGCAAGAUGAAUAG